AGUUGCUAUUGUUGGCGGGUUAUAUCUGUUCCCUUGUAUUGUAAAGCUCUUCCGUUUAAGGCGCAAUUUCAAAGUGAUAACCGAUUGAUGAAAGCAAUGGUGUAAUGUAAUCCAGUAAUGGAUACUUAUAAGACCACAUAAUUGAUAUUUGCCCUCAAUUAGUUCGAAAUCAUAGACAAGACCACUGAGCAGAUAAAUUUUUCAUGUAAUAAAAUUACAUCUUUUAUGCAAAAUAUAAGCUCAAAGUAAACAUAAUAAAAUGCUAUGGAUUAUUGGAGGAAACUAGCUUGAAGGUCACGUGUUCUUCAAUCAACUCGAACGUUACUGUUAGGCCUAAUCUUCGGACAUAGUGUUAUCCUGUGAAAGGAGUAUACUGUUCACCAGUCCAGUUGGAAAGAGUUAUGAAGGGUCAAACCAAAAUGUAGCGUUUGUCCAUGAAUUUAUUGUCUAUUGAUUCUCCAAAUCAUCCAUCUUUAUCGAUAGUCAUUAUCAAUAUCAGUGAUACUACUAUAGUAUUCAUCUUGGCAAUUCCAUUUAGUCCUGUUUAUAUGGUGUAGUAAUUUGGGCCAGGCUCUGUGUUGUUUAUGGCUAACUGACCUGUUGACAUGUUUCAUUCAAGCUCUUUCGCAUGAAAUAAAGCUUAGUUGACUCUUUGUUCUCUUAAUUUUCAUAAUUUCAGGAUGUAUCAUUUCAUCUAUUUUAGAAUCGUCAACAGUCGAAGUGACGGAUUUUUCAUUGAUACGCUAACUUUCGGCACAAACACAUAGAUGUAGCUUUUUUGCCCCGAACACUCAAGUUUAUUAUCUGACAAGUUUCAUAACGAGAAAAAUAUGGUUAUAACGGUACCGUCUUUAGAUGAUGGGAGUGGGAGCAAUAGUAUAAAUUCCACCUCUAUCCUUCCGAUGACUCAAGAACAGAAAGAUUGGUUGUUAGCUAUCGUUGACUGUGAUCAACCGAAAAUGACAAGAAUGCUUAAUCAACACCCUGAAUUAGCUGUAUGGAAGACUAGUAUCAAUGGAUAUACUGCACUACAUUAUGCAGCUAAAUAUGGAGAUUGUGCUGCUAUCCGAUUGUUACUUGGAAAUUACCAUGUUCAAGUUGAUGCUCAGACAUGUGAGGGUAUGACUCCUUUACAUUUGGCCGCUGCCAACGGGAAUGAAGAUGUUAUAUUCUUAUUAACUUCCGUGUACAAAGCUAGAACUGAUAUACGAGAUUUUUGUGGACGGUUACCAAGCGCUUAUCUGCCCAAAGAAAAGGAGGCAUUAGCAAGUGAGUGUUCAUCCUUGUGUCGUUGCAAGAUUGUUACUCACAAUUACCCUUAGCGUAUAGAUUUGGUUUGUUUCGUUUUGACUUUCUUAUAUUAAUUGUUGUAACAUUUGAUGCGUGCUUCCAAAUCAAUAUUGAUUUAAUCAUCUAUUAUGGUAACCUAAUGUACAUAAACAGAAUUGACAGCUAUCUCUGUAACUUACCAACACUCUGCGUAGGAGAAUUUGACAGUUGUCUCAUUGUUCUCAAAAUUCAACUAAUUUCUUGUUAGUAUCCGCGAGUAUGGCAAUAAAUUUCUAAGGAGCUAUUAAAGAAUGGUCAGCAGGCACAAUGGAAUGACCUAUUUAUUUUCUGUCAUAAGGCAUAAAACUAUCAAUAAACUUUGUGAGAUUUAUAUUCUUUUUGUAUGGAGACCAUCAUUCCGUAUCAAGACGGUAUUAUCCAUUCAUAGAUUGGGCUUGACUGGUAAUAAGUUAUUACCUGAAUUCGAAACACUGUCAGUCACAAUCUGAAAAACAGCAGUCUGUGGAUAAUUAUUUCAGGUGGUAUAGAUCACAUUUUCAAAUAUGUUCUUUGAUAUUUAUAUUUGAUACUAAGACCAUUCUAUGACUCAAUAUACACCGUAAAACAUCUAGUAUUAUAAUAUGGAUAGUCAAAUACUGACUAUUCCUAUGAUGUUAUAUAUAGGUUCUUCUUCCCUUCUGGUUUGUUAUUCCAACUAUUCACUACAAAAUUGUGCUAUUAUAGAACUGGCGUGAGGAUAAACAUCAUCUUUUCAGUGUUAAGAAAAUGAGCAAUAUCCGCCAUUUUCCCAUUCAUUUAAUGUAUCAAUGCUACUUAUAACUGUUAUAUUUACUGGGAAAUUUAUGUUAACGAUCUAAAGCUAUUUACAUGUGUCUUCUGUGAACACCUUACUGUAACACAUUCCAAUUUACCAGAUGAAGUGAAAGGUGGGAUUUAAAUGAAAUCCUUAGUGAAAAUUGUGUUCUUGUAUUCUGCAUUCAGACACUGAAUGAGCAUAAAAAUGUUAGAUAUUGAACAUCGAUAAGGAAUUCCACGGAUAGGUGUCCUACCUCAUUGACCUGGAGUCAUGAAUCUAAAUUUAGCAAUUUAUUCCAAUAUAGUUUGUAAUGGUACUAUAUGUAUAUUUACUUUUUAAUGACUAAUGUCUGUCAUGCUACUAGAAUGUUAACAAAUGCGAUUCAAAU